ACAAAGAAAGAAUGGGGUGUGCAAAAGUGGUAUUUUUUACAGUUGUACUUUCAUUGGCCUGGGCCAGGGGUGCUGAAGAAACAUGGAUCCGUGCAGCGCCACCGUGUGAUUUCCCUGCAAUGUACAACUUUGGUGACUCAAAUUCAGAUACCGGUGGAGCAUCAGCAACAUUUGGACCCAUUCCACCACCCUAUGGUGAAAGUUUCUUUCGAAGGCCUGCAGGAAGGGCUUCUGAUGGUCGUCUUAUCAUAGACUUCAUCGCUGAGCACUUGGGACUACCACAUUUGAGUUCAUAUCCGGAUUCUAUUGGCGCAAAUUAUCGACAUGGUGCAAAUUUUGCUAGCGGAGGAUCAACCAUCCGAAGGCAAAACGAAUCCAUAUUUGAGAAUGGUUUAAGUCCCUUUUCAUUGGAUAUCCAAAUCGCUCAUUUUGAUCAAUUCAAAGAGAGAACCAGUGAACUUUAUUGUCAGGAUAAAGAUCCAUACGAAAUGAAUAAACUUCCUCGACCUCGGGAAUUUUCAAGGGCUCUCUACACAUUCGAUAUUGGUCAGAAUGACCUUGCUGCUGGUUUUGGAAAGCUUAGUGCCGUACAACUUAAGGCUGCAAUUCCUGACAUUGUUAAUCAAUUUGCUAUGGCAGUUACACAUUUGUAUCAACGAGGGGCAAGGACAUUCUGGAUACAUAAUACUGGACCUAUUGGUUGCUUACCGGGAGCAACAUUUUACAUCCAAAACCCAAAGCCCGGUUUUCUUGACAAAUAUGGCUGCAUCAAGGCUCAAAAUAACAUGGCUAUUGAGUUCAACCGACAACUUAAAACCCAAGUAACGAAACUCAGGCGGGAGCUUCCACGUGCUGCACUGAUCUAUGUCGACAUCUACUCCGCGAAAUAUCACUUAAUCCGCAAAGCCGAGUACUAUGGAUUCAUGGACCCUUCAAAAAUCUGUUGUGGGCAUCACGAGAAAAACAUUAAUGUAUGGUGUGGACAAAGAUUAAUCAUAAAUAACACCGAGAUUUUUGGUGGUUCCUGCAGCUCUCCAUCGACAUAUAUUAGCUGGGAUGGAGUUCAUUAUUCUCAGGCAGCAAAUCAUUGGAUUGUCAAUAAUAUUCUGAAUGGCUCUUUUUCUGAUCCUCCAAAAGUGAUUGACCAUGCUUGUCUUAAGCACAAGAUGUAAAAUGUUGUCGAAUUAACGUCGUACUUUUUGAAGUUUCAGAAGUGCAUGUUGUAAGAAUCUUGAAAGUCAAUUAGCCUUGAAAUCGAAUUAGUAUCAUUAUUACUUCGUUGUUUAGAACAGCAACUGUUUGAGAUGAUGCAAUUCGUACUAU